CGGGCAUGUGAACGAGAUCGAGAUGUAAACACAAACACUUUACCACACCACCACCACAUGUUAGCGGUUUGCUUACACUCAUUUCUUUAAUUCGUGUGACUUGUACCUCAUGGAACACUUUUAGUUUCGAAUAAAUCUUUGAAACAAUAAUGGCAGCGCAGUAUAAGACUAUACACCCUGUUAAAUAUUACCGUGACUUUUUGGCACACGAUCUAAGACCAGAUGGUAGAUCACCAGACAAAACUAGAAAUGUUACAGUUAAUGUAAAUUCUAUUAGCACUGCUGAUGGAUCCUCCACAGUUCGCAUUGGAAACACAACUGUUAUUUGUGGAAUCAAGGCAGAAUUAGGUAAACCCAAACCAGAUGAGCCUGAGUGCGGAUUUAUGGUACCAAAUGUUGAACUGCCACCUUUAUGCUCUCCACUCUUCCGCCCUGGACCACCAAGUGAGGAAGCACAAGCCAUGACGUGCUUUGUUUCUCAAGCUACUUCUGACAUGGUUGACCUCAAAGAGUUGUGUGUAUCAACUGACAACUUAGCAUGGGUGCUGCACAUUGAUAUGAUUUGUCUAGAUUAUGAUGGCUGUGUACAAGAUGCGUGUCUAAUAGCAUUAUCUGCAGCUCUUCGUACAGUAAAACUGCCCAAAGUCGAGUAUGAUGCUGAAACAAAAUUGCCAAGUGUUUCUCUUGAUGAGAGGGCUGAUCUACAUGUUAAAUCAUCACCAGUUUCCACUUCCUUUGCAGUUUUUGAUGAUGAAAUAAUUCUUAGUGACCCUACUGGUGAGGAGGAAAACUUAUCCAGUGCAAAACUGAGUGUUGUCACAGAUGGUGAAGUUAUUCUCUCAGUCCACAAGCCUGGUGGAAGUGCAUUAUCAGAGACACAAUUGCAAGAUUGCAUAUCUGUUGCCAAGGAUCGUGCCAACUUAGUAAAUGAACUGAUAAAUGUUGCUUUAAGUUCUGUAGACCGGUGAUGUGUACUUCAACAAGGUAUUAUGAACUCUUGUUUUUAAAUGUGCAACUCUGUAUAUUUUCUAAGCAAUAUCAUAGAAGUGUUUUUUACCUAUCAAAAUAGUGGCCCAUUCCGUUUAUGGUUUGAGAAAAAUAUAAGAGAAUUGUUCACAACAACAAUGUCUUUAUUUUGAGCGCAGAAGGAACACAAUGUUCUAAAUGCAUUGUUUAAUAAGAUACUCCUAACUGGUCCCGUUUUUCCCCUUUUAAUAUUUAUUUGGCAAAUUAAUACUUUUAGUAGGUUAUUAUUUGACACAUUACCCAAACAAAUCACAGAGAUAAAAUUUUAAGAGAAGCAAUACAGAAUCUCUGUGAAAAUAAAAUUUCAAAUAAUAAUGCAACAGUCAUGGACAGAACUUGCUGUGGGACAGUGCCUUUCAUAGAGUAUUUAUCCCAGUUCAAAAGUAAACUUAUUUUGAUGAGUUAAAACUAAAUGUCCGACAUUGUAUUAAAAUUAGCUCAAUGUAACAAGGAUUCAGUUAAAAAUAUUAUACAAUCACAACUAUAAAAGAAAACAAUUUCAAAAACAUAUGUCAAUAGUACGUACCCUCUUAGAUUAUUAGUUGGCAAACUACCACUGCAAAUGCACCU